AUGCCUCUCACACCUUCAGCGGCCACUCCAUUUCGUCUAGUCGGCAGCGGAACGGAUUCAAUUCGACGAUUCCAGAGAAGCACUGAGGUGCUGAACGUACCACAGCAGCAAUCCUCUGUUAUACCUGGUGAUAUGCUUGCAGCGAAAAUUCGCACUUAUUUAUCGGUUCGUAUCCCAGAAAAUGCCUAUUGCGCUGUCUGUUGCUUUCUUCCUCGACGUGGAGGAAUAAUUCUUAAAAAUAAUGGGCUGGAGAAAUUUAUUGCUAUAUUUUAUGGAAGGUGUAUGGUUAAAUUUAGAGAAUUAUGA